AUAUUCCAAUUCCAUCUUUCAAAAGCUUUGUGCUUUUCACUCUCCUCUAGAAACUAGAAAAAAAGUGGGUGUUUUUCUUUCUCUGAACAACACUCAUAUCACUUUUCCUUUUUUCCAUUUUUCAUCUUAAAUCAAUGGACACAACUCAGUGGGCACAGGGGAAUAUUGGACUGGUUAAACAAAUGGAAGGUUCAAAAGCUCCUGUGAUAGAGAGAAGAGCAAGGCCACAAAAAGAUCAAGCUUUGAACUGUCCAAGGUGCAAUUCAACCAACACAAAAUUCUGUUACUAUAACAACUAUAGUCUCUCUCAACCUAGGUACUUCUGCAAAACCUGUAGAAGGUAUUGGACUGAAGGUGGUUCUUUGAGAAAUGUGCCUGUAGGUGGUGGUUCAAGAAAAAACAAAAGAUCAUCACCAUCACCGUCACCAUCACCUUCCAUUUCACAACAACCACCACCAUCAUCUAUAACAAAAAAUAUCAUCAUUCCUGAUCUUACUGUCGCACAAAAUAAUAGCUUUCCUCAAUCUGCUUCUCAAAACCCUAAGAUCCAUCAAGGACAAGAUCUUAACCUAGCUUAUCCACCACCACCAAGUGAUGAUAAUUAUAACACCAUAUCUAAGUUCAUUGAACUUCCUUACACCACUGAACAAGAAAAAACUCAUCAUCAAAAUAGUACUAAUUCAUCGUCGUCGCCGCUUUCUGCUAUGGAGCUACUCAAAACCGGGAUCGCUGCUGCUUCUUCAUCCAGGGGUUUGAAUUCUUUUAUGCCUAUGUCAUUAUCUGAGUCUAGUGCAAUGUAUAAUUCAAGUGGUUUCGCUUUGCAAGAUUUUAAGCCUGGUCUUAAUUUUAGCUUAGAAGGAUUUGAGAAUGGUUAUGGUGGUUUACAAGGGAUUAAUAAUCAAGAGAGUUCUGGUGGUGGUGCAAGGAUGCUGUUUCCUGUUGUGGAGGAGUUGAAUAAUAAUAAUAAUAAUAAUAAUAAGCAACAAGUUUCAAAUAGUGGUGAGUUUGAACAACAUCAUCAACAUCAUCAGCAGAAUAAUAGAAGCCAAGGUGAUUCAACUGGUUAUUGGAACGGUAUGUUAGGUGGUGGAUCAUGGUAAAGAGGUUGUGGUGUUGUUAAUUUAGUUUAGUCCCUUUAAUGUUUAUUAUUAUUAUUAUUUACCUUUUUCUCAUCUUUAUCUUUUGGAUGUUUGAACUUUGGAGUGAUAGUGAUGAUCAGAGCCACUAACAAAAUAGAGUAAAUAGGUUUAUUAUGGAUGUUGUUAUGUUUUCUAUAUAAUCCAUGGCUUUUUCUCUCUUUA